AUGGAAGAAAUAAUUGCUCGUGCUGAAUGUUAUGUGAAAGGAGAGGAAUGCAAUGCAGAAAAAAGAGCUAGGGAUGCCAAGGAAAAAGGAAACUCAGGAGCAGAACGCAGGAAUCCUUAUGUUCCACCCAACAGAAACAGAGGGGCAUUCAAAAAACCAUAUGAGAGGAGUCAACACCGUUAUGCUACCGAGCACUUCACUCCUUUGAAUACUCGUCCCGAAAGGAUCCUCAAAGAAGUUCUCGAAUCGAAAAUCAUCCCGUCUGCUCCAGUGGCUCGAGGCAGGUUUUUGGGGAACAACCGAGACGCAUGGUGUAAGUAUCACAUGAUACAGGGCCACGACACGGAUGAAUGCGUUCAUCUGAAAAGGGAAAUUGAAAAGCUCAUUCAAAGCGGAAAACUGCGAGGAUACGCUAAGGAGAGAAGUAACAAUGAAAAACAACCAGACAAGCUCAACCCCGAACCUAAGCACAUAUUACACACUAUUUCAGGAGGUUUUGCUGGGGGCGGGGAAUCAAGAAAUUUAAGAAAGAAGUAUGCUCGCCAGGUGAUGCUUUUGGGAGACAAUUUUUCAUCAUCCUCGGAAAAAUACCCCGAUAUCACUUUUUCAUCAAAAGAUUUCGAGCAAGUAAUCCCUCACGACGAUGAUCCUUUAGUCGUCUCUAUUCAGUUGCUUAACUGGGAAAUUAAGAGAGUACUCGUGGAUACAGGUAGUUCUGCAGAUGUUUUGUAUUACGACGCUUUCAGUAAAAUGGGUUUGAAUGAGGAACAACUUUAG